AUGGUCAAGGUGUCUUUACCAUUAUAUCGUAAAAGAAGAUUCGGUGAAUCACAUCGUAUACUAAACUUUAAAAACUUUGUGGCCCUCAAGGAGGACCAAAUAUCGCCAGAAAAAGCAUUUCAAGAGUAUUCAAAGUACCUGUUAGCCUUUCUAAACAAUGAAAUAAACUUAUAUUACAAUAAAUACGAGCACCUGCCGUUUUUUCUUGAAAAAUACCACCCAUACUAUCUUGAAAAGGGAUUCGAAUUAUCCAAACAGUCUUUUUCAAAUCUGAGCUCACAAUUUAUAUCGAACUUUGAGUCAGGAAAGUUCAAUGAUUUGUUGCUGGAAAUAAGCUAUAAGAGACUUUACGGCAAGGAGUCGUCAGACGAACACCCGCUGCCAGAGUCGGCCUACACACUUAACGAAUGGGCACUAGAGGUGCCAGUGGAGUAUCCCAGCACGCCUGGGCAGCAAGGAGGAGACCGCAACGAUGGUAGGAAAUUGAGUCGCCUGCAGCUUAAAACGCCCCUAGAAACCUCACUGCUAGUGGAUGUCCCCUCGUCCGUCUUCAUAUUUCAACUGGUGGAAGCACUGAAACCGUACUACGAAAACGUACCAAUCUACUUCGCAGAACACGACAAGGUCAGAACGGCAUUCAUAACGCUGCCGGAGACUGAGGACCUGGCGAAGGUAGCGUCCCACCUGAACGAGUCCAAAAUCAAGUUGGACGACAUAGUGUUGGUGUUUAGGCCAUGCAAUCCCAUAAGAGAGAGGCUCCCAAUGGGAAAAACUGGAGACUUUCUGCCGGACCUGCUCCCGGAGUCGCUGGACCUGAGGCUUAGGCUGGACGUGCAGCUGCUGUACCUGCGCAAAAUACACAGCUACUGCUACUACGGAAAGUUCAAGACAAACAACUACGUGGACCUGUGGGACUCAGGAGGACCAGGAUACGUGAGAAUAGACCUGACGAACGAACUGUUCGAAAAGGAGGAAGGACUCUUCCCGCAAAACCCGAGGAUCAGGUUCGCCACGUUUCAGCUGGCGGACUCGAGUCACCAGGAUCAGCAGGACAAUCAGAACGACCAGCACGGGGGGACAACCACGACGCCAGAGUGGGAGGAGCAGCUGAAGUCGACCUGCACAGUGUCGGAGCAGCAGCUGCUCUGGAUCAAGGACGUGGAGUCGUUCGCGAACAAGCUGCUGGAGACGGAGCUCGCGCCGCCGAAGUUUGAGCUCUCAGAGUCGGUGGAGGAAAAGUGGAAGCAGUUCUGCAACAUCAACACGCUGAUCGACGCACCCGACAAGUUCCGCUGCAAGCUCUGCAGUAAGCUCUUCAACGACGCCAAGUUCGUAUGGAAGCACCUGCGGAAGCUGCACGCGGACUCGUACAACCAGGUCGUGGUCGAGUGCGGGCUGCCGAAGAUGAAGGAGAUCUUCUACAACGCCCACAGGGACACGAGGUCGAACCCGUUUGAGAACCUGGUCUCGAUCCCGAUCAUCCACAAGCCGAACUCGAGCUUUGACGACGCGACCAAGGAGUUCUUCAAGUCGAUGGACCUCACGGGGCGCGAGAAGAGGCCGCGGGAGUACUACGACUUUGACCAGCCGAAGCUGAAAAAGGAGUUUGUGACGUUUGCGCCAGAUGAGUAUUCAAGACCCAGUGUUAAAUAUGAUGACCUUUAA